ACGUCAAGAAAUCUAUGCUCAUCCAGCAGCCGACCGCUUUUGUGGGUCUUUCUGUGCCUCUCUUGUUGUUGUUGUUGUUGUUUAGUCGUUUAGUCGUGUCCGACUCUUCGUGACCCCAUGGACCAUAGCACGCCAGGCACUCCUGUCUUCCACUGCCUCCCGCAGAUUGGUCAAACUCAUGUUUGUAGCUUCGAGAACACUGUGCCUCUCUACAGGACUGUAAAUAUCUACCACCUCAGACGAAGGGAUGUGUCAUGAUCAGUUUACAUCCGGGACUUUUUUUGCGGCUGCGCAGUCUUCCCUCCGCCUAACCGGCCGUUUCUCUCAUCUUAGGCGAGACGCAGUUUGUUUAACCCUUGGCGGUGGCCCACGAUGAUUCCCACUCCGUGGCACCGGCACGUGGGGCCGCAGGGCUCCUUCAGCGAGGUCUACGAGCCCGCCGAAGACACUUUCCUGCUGCUGGACGCUCUGGAGCGGGACGCGGAGGAGCUGAGGAGCGCCAGCAUUGAGAUCUGCCUUGAAGUAGGAUCUGGAUCUGGAGUAGUUUCAACAUUUUUGGCUUCAAUUGCUGGACCCAAAGCGUUAUACUUGUGUACCGAUAUCAACCCUCUGGCAGGUCUGUGCACUGUGGAAACAGCCAUACAUAAUAAUGUUGACAUUCAGCCCAUAAUUACCGAUCUGGUAACAGCGUUGUUGCCACGAUUGCAUGGGAAAGUUGAUGUACUGCUGUUUAACCCACCUUAUGUAGUAACCCCUUCUUCUGAGAUUCACAGUCAUGGAAUAGAGGCAGCAUGGGCUGGAGGUAAAAAUGGCAGAGAAGUUAUGGACAGGCUCCUUCCACUGGUGUCAGACUUGCUUUCAGCUAAAGGAUUAUUUUACUUAGUUACAAUUAAAGAAAAUGAUCCAGAUGAAAUUAUCGAAAUAUUGAGGAAAUGUGGCUUAAAAGGCACCAGAGUACUUUCCAGACAAGCAGGAAGAGAAAAGCUCUCAGUACUUAAAUUUUGCAAGUCCUGAAGACUACAUGUUAAACAAAAACUCCUCUGGAAUAAAGGGUUUCAAACUGACCCACUGAGAGCUAUAGUCAGGUGGUCUCCAAAAGGUUGCACAAAAGACAAUAAUACUUGAUCCUGUAUUAUAAUGUUUCUUACAAUGAAGACAGAAGUUCUUUUGAUCAGGACUGAAUUUCUUGAACAGAAAUGUUGGAGGGUAUAGUGUUCGUGGUCCACAGUCCAUGUACGCCAUGGAAGGCGAGGGGGCUCCACGUCCUCUUUUUUUGCUCUUCAAAAUAUGGCACCCCUAGUAUGCACAGCAUUGCACUGGUGGUGUUCUGGAAAUGGAAUUAACCAAAGCACACAAGCUGAGGCUUUACAUACCAUCAGUUUUUGUCCGAGAUGUCAGAAUACCUUGCUUUAAUAUAUAUAUACUAGUGUCUUCAGCCCGUUAAAUAAACGGGCGCUAGAAUGCAUGCCGGCUCCUCGAUCCGGU